AUGCACCAGUCGGAAAGCGCGGCGGACAGGAAGAUGGCGCACCCGCUCUACCCCCGGCGGAGCAGCAACAACCCCCCGGCCGGUGCGGCGUCCUCCGCCUCGUCCUCCUCGGCCUCGCUCUCCAGCCUGAUGGGCUCCCUCCCCGGCGGCCGCCCGCACCCGGACGACGGGCCGCCGGCCAGCCUUCGCUCGCCGGCCCUUGCGCCGGGCCCUUGCCCCGGCAACCCCGGCUCGAUGCCGCCUCCGGCCGGGCCUCAUCCGCCGCAGAGCCUCAGUCUCCACGCUCCUGCCGCCGCCGCUGCUCCUCCUCCUCCUGCUGCUGCUGCUCCUGCUCCCACCGCCGGCUCCAUGGCCGGGGCGCAGAUGAAGAAGAAGAGCGGCUUUCAGAUCACCAGCGUGACCCCGGCGCAAAACAACGCCGGCUCCAACAACAGCAUCGCCGAGGACACCGAGAGCUACGACGACAUGGAUGAGUCUCACACCGAGGACCUGUCGUCUUCCGAGAUCCUGGAUGUCUCCCGGGCCACCGACUACGAGCCGGAGCGGAGCUCCUCCGAGGAGACUCUGAACAACGUGGGGGACGCGGAGACCCCCAGCGCCCUGUCUCCCAAUCAGCCUCGCCUGCCUCAGCACCAGCCAGCUUUAUUCAACGGGAGCAUCCACAGCCUCCAUCCACACCAUCACCCUCAUCCUCUCCAUCACCACCAUCAUCAUCACCACCACCACCACCCUGCCAUGGUGGCAGGGCCCGGCAUGGUCAGUGCUGCCACUGUACCUUUAGGAGGAGGAAUAAUCCCUCCUGGUAGCGUUACCACUUGUACUGAAAAAAAUGGCACCAGUGCACCAAUGUCUGGAUUAGUGAGCAGCUCAGUUGGUACACCUACACCACUGACUUCCAACAUCAGUACCCCAGGUAAUGCCAGAACUGUAAGUGGAUUGAGUGGUGUUAGUAGCAAUGUAAACAUCAACGUUGGUGGGACAAAUGUUGGCGCUAAUGCUGUUGGUAGUAGUACCAAUGCUAUUGGGUCUCCUUCUAUUACUGCAAUCUCCACGAGUGCUGCAGGAGGCCAAGUGCCUGCAGUAAGCCAGCAGCCUGCAGCUGGCAGCUCCAGGUUCAGAGUUGUGAAACUGGAUUCUAGUACUGAACCAUACAAGAAGGGCCGCUGGGUUUGCACUGAAUUUUAUGACAAGGAAAAUGUCACUGUUCUCACUGAAGGCACCCCUGUGAACAAGACGAUGGAAAGUGUAAAGCAAGCUGCUGCCACUGAUGCAAAUCUGGAACGGGAAAGUACAAGUGGAGGGAGUUCGGUGAGCAGCACGUUGAGUGCAGUAGGUUAUUACAUUGAAACUGCUGGCAAUGGAGAGCCAGGAUUGAUUUCUGCACCUCAGCAACAGGCCUUUCAAGCACUGUGUAAUCAGCAGUUGGAUUUUAGCUCCGGUGGCCCUCUGGCACAGAGUGUUUCCCAGCCACAGCUUACACAAGUCCAGCUGCAUCCACAAGAUGUUAUGCAUUCACAGCAGAGGCCAAGUGCUCCCCUCUCUGGUCGAACAAGUCUCAGUAAUGUAGCGAGUGUUCAACAAGCCCCAAUCCAGCAGCAGUUACCAUAUUCCCAGCAACAACAACAGCCUUCGCAAACCAUGUCAGCUGUGUCCCAGCCACAGCAACUAUCGUAUCCUCAGCAACAGCCAGCUUCACAGAUGACAACACAGCAUAUCAUGUCAUCAAAUACAAGUGCUGUCAUUACAGAAUAUGUGCAGCACCCACAAAUGCAGCCCUCUGCACAAGCCAUGCAGCAGAGCAGUGGCGGGGUCGGAUCAGCAGCAGUACCAUCGGGCCAGCCACAACUCGUUCAAGGCCAAGCACAAUCUGUAUUAGCACAAGCACAAUCUGGACAGACACCAGGUCAGCCUGUGGGACAUGUUUCAGCAAUGAUGCCACCUACUGGUGGUGCCAAUGGGCAGUUGGUAACUGGUCAACAAGGGAAUACAAUCUCUUUGUUAAAGCCGUCUUGCUCACCACCAAUUAACAAGUCGACACCGAUUGGCUUGCAGCCAAGUGCUCCUCAACCUGCCCCAGCACAGCCUCUGCAGAGCGGGAUGGUACAGCCACAGGCCAGCGCAUCAGGGCUGGUGCAGCAGGUAACUGUGGCACCAUCAAAACAGCAGUUGUCAUCACAACCACAGGGUCAAGGGGUUGAGUGUAUCAUUCAAAGUGUGAACAAUCAGCCGAUAACUGGAAUAAGUUCUACAUCAUCUACUGUCAAUGCCAACCUACCCAGUGUUGGAUCUAAUGUAUCUACCAGUAUACCUACUGCAUCUGCAAAUGCUAUUCCACAGCAAACCACUACCCAGACCUCUGUGCAGAAUGGCAGUCUGAUCCAGAAUGCCAGCCAGCCUUCCAUACCAACGAAUGCAAGCCUCCCUGUGGUGCAGGGAGGACCACAGAAAAUGGUGCCUGGCUCUACCCAGUACUCUGCUCCCAUCCAGUCACUUUUGAAUGCAGUGGAAGAUUCACAGCGACCGGCAGACCAGCCAGCGCUGAAUGUACAACAGGUGGCUAUUGGAGAAAGCGUACUAAGUGCAGCUUCUGCUCUGGUCCAGGAAAUUGCCAGCAGUGCCCAUCUGCCUGCUUCUGCAUCGCUACUUCCUUUAAAGACCUUGCCACUAUCCAUGCAACCUGUGGAUGGUGAAGAUGACAGUUCUUCUGGUGCCAGUGUGGUAGCCAUAGACAACAAAAUCGAGCAAGCCAUGGAUCUGGUGAAGAGUCACUUGAUGUAUGCAGUGAGGGAGGAGGUGGAGGUCCUUAAGGAACAGAUCAAAGAACUGGUAGAGAGAAACUCCCAGUUGGAACAGGAAAACAACCUGCUGAAGACUCUGGCUAGCCCUGAGCAGUUAGCACAGUUUCAGGCACAGCUCCAGACAACUGGCUGUUCCCCGCCAGUGUCUCAAUCAGGACAAUCCACUCUAUCCACGCCACCAAAUGGGGGAUCAUCAGCUUAAAGUCCUGGCUGUACAAACCAUUGGGGCCAACAAGCUUUGCAGAGAAGAGAAAUAAACUGUCAUAUCAAUCAUCAUGUAAUAUUUCAUCGCACACCAACAAUUCCAAAUUGGUUAUGGGAACUAGAGUUGUAUAAAUUCAGAAAGAAACUCUCUUCAGUGUUAAGACAGUCGUCUUUGGCUAAAGGAGUUUGCUUUAAGGGUGUGGAAUGAAACCUUGUUCUCUUAAAGAGAGUGGUUGUAUGCACGAAAGAAAAAAAGCAGCCGUGCAGAUCUGAGUGCUGGUUACCGAUCAUUGCUCAUGCUGUGAAAAUGCGUGCACAGUUUUAUUUCAUUCAGCACGCCUAUGUCUGUGUGUGCAUGCGCGUGUAUGUAUGUGUGCACCAAUAUAAUUGCUUCCUGACAAGGUUGAGGAAGAAGCGGAUCAGAGGCAAUCAGAUACUGACUGGAGAGUCUGAGGGCCGUGCCCUCCUUUACACUGCUAUAGACCACUUUUGAUUUAUAGAUGAGUUAUGAAGACAAACGGGAGUAUGAAGGCAAAGCUGAACAGUAUUUAACUUGAACUAUAGAACUGUCACCUUGGACCUUAAAUUGAUAACUUUGUUAUGUUUACACAGCUUCCCAGGAGGUGGAGAGGUGUAGAUUUUUUUCAAGUUAGAUGUGACUCUAAAGAUUUCGGACAAUCCAAAGGGUUGUUCAUCUAAUGUAUAUUGUGUACGUAGUGUAAGUAUUGUGUAAUAUAGAGCUGUAACUAUUAGGUUGUACAGAUUGAAAUCUUGCUGUUUCACUGAUCCAAUUGCAUUUGGACAUUUUUUUAAUGCUGUUGAACAGAAAUGGCAUUUGUGAACAAUUAUGCUGUCCUAAGACAUAGCAGGGCUGGAAGAAUUUUUUUUUUGUAAGUUAAUGGUACGUGACUGGUAAUAAUAGAAAGUAAGUGGUCCACUGGUCCCAUUUCUUAUAUCUAUCAAUGCUAAGCAGUGGCAGAUGCUACACAUUAGGUGCACUGAUAGAAGCGGUCUCUCCGUCAGAAGAAGCACUGAGAGAUGAGAGAAUCUAUGGGCUCCAGUGGAAUUGAUUCUCGUUAAUGCUUUAUAGACCUUAGCUGUUGGUUCAGUAGCCCAUUGGUCUGUCAAAUCUAUUCUGUAAUGGCCUGAUUAGAUUCCUUAGGAUUCAGGACCAAUGGAUUCAUCCAGCUUGGGUACAUUUGUUGCUUCUAGCUGGCUGUUGAAUACCUACAACAACAUUGUACUCACCAGUAGUACAGUAUUUGUAACACCAAUAAAGAGUGUGUUUUGACAAUUAAGCACUCCAGACCCAAAAACCUCUGUUACAAGCUCUGAUUUCUGCUAUGGAUUUCACAUUAACAGUAAUAGUGUUGCUUAUGUUCUGGUGCAUGUUCUGAAACAGUUGUAACACAUUCAGUUAUACUCGACUACUGCACAACUUCGAAACUUUCAAUAAACUCAUGUUGGUAAA